UCAAAAACCCAACUGAUGUCUGAUGGUACCAGCAGGUUUACCUGAAAGGGAUAAUCAAUAGAUCACUUCAGUAAUACCAGCACCUUCUCUGAAAACACAGUGAUAAAGGAAAUCUCGGUUGCCAAGAUUGGUGCAGUUGCUCCUAUGGAAAAAGUAUGCCUAAUUAGCUGUGGCUUUUCCACUGGGUUUGGUGCUGCAAUCAACACUGCCAAGGUGACUCCAGGUUCUACCUGUGUCGUGUUUGGCCUGGGAGGAGUAGGCUUGUCUGUUGUCACGGGUUGUAAAGCAGCAGGAGCAGCCAGGAUCAUUGGAGUGGACGUCAACAAGGAUAAAUUUAAGAAGGCAAAGGAAUUGGGUGCCACUGAGUGCAUCAACCCUCAGGACUUCAAGAAACCCAUUCAAGAAGCUUUAUUUCACAUGACAGAUGCUGGUAUAGAGUUUUGCUUUAAGGCCAUUGGAAAUCUGGACACUGGGUAUACAGCUGCCCUGGCCUCCUGCCAUGAGAGCUAUGGGGUCUGUGUGAUUGUUGGGGUGUUGCCUGUCAGUGUUCAACUCAACAUCAGUGGCCAGUUGUUCCUCUCAGGACGUUCUUUGAAGAGUUCUGUUUUUAGAGGCUGGAAAAGCAGAAAGCACUUCCCUAAACUGGUUGCUGAUUAUAUGGCAGAGAAGUUUAAUCUAGACCCACUAAUUACUUAUACUCUGAAUUUUGAUAAAAUCAAUGAAGCAGUUGAAUUAAUGAAUACUGGAAAAUGUAUCUGCUGUGUCCUGUUACUUUAA